AUGAAGCAUUACCACGGGAAGAGGUAUGAGUAUGCGGUCCGCCAGGGUAUCACCGCAUACACCAAGCUGGAGUUUCUAGAUGGGAUUGGAGAAGUGAGGCAGCAGGCCCUUACCGAGGGCACGAUCCGCAGCGGUUUCCGGAAGGCUGGAAUACAUCCCUGGGACCCUGAGAUGGUGCUUAAGAAGAUCCGCCCACCACCAAGAGAGGCUGAACAGAGACCGUUGACUCCUCCUGAGCAGGGUAUCCAGGAGGGUCAGCAUGCCUCUCCUGGCCUGAAGACUCCCACCACCGUACGAGCUACACGGCGGUUAGGCAGUUUCAUCCAGGAGGACGAAAGUAUCCCUAUUCAUCUCCGUCCUCGCAUUGAUCAGCUGUGUAGAGGUGCCCAGACUCAGUCCCUUGAAGCGAAGAAGGCGAUGCAGGAUCUCUACGGCUCAGAUCUCGCAAAAAAGAUGAGAUUACUUAAUGCCCGAGAGGGUAACAAACGACGGGUCUUCUCAGGAGGCAUGAUUACGGUCGACCAAUGCAGGACCAUCGUGGAUAACCGUGAACAGGAGAGGAUAGAUAAGGCGGCACGCAAGGAGGCGAAGAAGAAGGAAACCGCCCGGAAAAAGGCGGAAAAGGCGAAGGAAGCACGCAAAAAAGCUCGUAAGGAUCGUGAUAGUCUUACCGCCUCUGCAUCUAUAUCGUAA